UGCAAUUCUUCUGUUGAAGGUUCUUGUAGUUGAGACAACAUGGACAAAAAUGGGUAAUGUGGCAGUAAGAGAGGCACCAAUGGGGAUGACUCUUCUGUAUAUAUUUAUUAAGAAAACACAAACGACAAAUGAACAAUACACCUCAUGCAAUUGACUUAAUUAUAAUCAAAUUAUUGGUUCUAUGCUGGCCAAAGAUGUGACAAUUAACCUAAUUAAAUGGAGAAACCCACACCGGCUUCACAUGCUCAUCUUCAUAUGCCCCUAUAUAUAGAGAAUGAUAGAAUUUGUGAUAAACCAUCUCAAAAUCAAUCAACAAAUUUCCAAGACAAAGAAGAAACAGAACAAAAAUGACUUCUAGUCGUUACCAUGUUCGAUCAAUUAGCUUACCUUCAAGGUCACAUCCAAGCACCCUCAGGAUUGAAGAAGCGCUCAAUAAGUUCAAGACACUGGAUGCAUUUUCAAGGUCCUCAACUGGGUCAAUCUGCACUGGUUUAUCAGGACUUGAAGAAUUGUACCGAUGCAUGGAUGAUCUGCUCAACAUGGGAUCAACCCAGCAAGUCCUUUCUCACAAUCAAAAUGAGAAAUGCAUUGACGAGUUGUUGGAUGGAUCUGUGAGGCUUUUAGAUGUUUGUACGAAUAUAAGGGACAUGUUGUUGCAGAUUAAGGAACAUGUCCAAGCCCUUCAAUCUGCUCUCAGAAGAAGAAAGGGAGACUCAAGCACUGAGACCAGCAUCUCUACUUACAUUUCCUUCAGAAAAAGGAUGAAGAAGGAUUCCAAGAGACUUGUUGCAGCAUUGAAACAGAUGGAAAACAAGCUUGGAGCAUCUCCAAUCUCAGAUCAAGAUCACCAUCUAUCUGCUGUGAUUCGGGUGCUCCGAGAGGUCAAUGUGACUAGUAUUUCCAUCUUCCAAUCCCUCCUGUUGUUCUUGUCUAUGUCGGUGUCAAAGCCAAGGCAAGGUAAAUGGUCACUGGUCUCAAAGUUGAUGCACAAGGGGAUGAUAGCAUGUGAAGAAAAGCAAGAAAGUUUGAAUGAGCUAGAAAUUGUAGAUGCUGCUCUAUGUGAAGGGCUCAAUAUUGAGAAGAUGCAGAAUACAAACAAGAGAUUGGAAGCUCUAGAGACAAGCAUUCAAGGUCUUGAGAAUGGUUUGGAGUCCGUGUUCAGGCGCUUGAUCAAAGCAAGAGCUGCUGUUUUGAACAUAAUCUCCCAAUAGAGCAUUCUCAAGAACAUCAUUGAUUCCUGCAUAGGCAUCCAAAUAUUUGGGAUCUGCUUAGGCAUAUCAGUUUUUCAAAUCAAUAGCUUUGUAAAUAAAUUAAAAUUUAUUGCAAUAUAUAAUGAAAUACAAAGACAGU